UUCUAACUUUCGUUUUUUCCUCACGGUCGGUGACAUAUACACGCACACAUUCAUGUUUGUGAUUGUAUUGCUUCAUAAAUAUUUUUCGCUUACGAUAGCCAUGCAGGAGGCAACCUGCGCUAAAUUUUUAUUAUAAUAAGUAGUUUUAAUAAUCUACAAAUUAUGGAGCAGAGCAAACCUAUUUCACCUAGAUUAUUUGUGUGCACCGCCAUAGAAAACAAGGACGAAGUUGAGGAGAGGUACGAGAGAGCUUACAACUACUUUCAAUCACUUGUGGCCGACUGCAGCGAGAAAGAAGCUCACGAUGCACUGAACAAUGCCGCAUGCAAGAAUCAUGAAGAUGUAUCUCUUGGAAUGCUGAUGACUAUUCUCACGGAGCCUCACAACGCGACCAAGUGCUACCGAGAUCUAACACUGGUGACGAGGGAUGGUCUGACGUGUGUGCUCAAUAACCUGUCUAACUUAAUCUUGGAGAGGUACUUGAAGUUCCAUGACACUACUCGCAACCAACUAUUAUGGCUCAUAAAGGAAAUGAUAAGGAAUGCAGUCACUGGCAUAGACAGUGUUUGUUGGAACUUGAUGCGCUACGCAUCUGGAGGAGAUAUUACUCCUAAAAACAUAAUACUGGUAGAAUCUCUUUUAGAUAUUUAUAUUGAAAACCGUGCUUGGUUAGAUAAGUAUCCUGUGCUAAUAUGCAUGGUUGUAUACACAUAUUUGAGAUUAAUAGAAGAUCAUAAUAUACCACAGCUGAUGAGCUUAAGACAGAAGGAAGUCAACUUUGUUAUCACUCUUAUCAGAGAGCGCUUUUCAGAUGUUUUAACUCUGGGAAGGGAUAUGGUAAGACUACUUCAGAAUGUUGCUCGUAUUCCGGAAUUCAAUCAGUUAUGGCAGGAUAUUUUGAUCAAUCCUAAAUCAUUAUGUCCUACUUUUACCAAUGUGUUACAACUCUUACAAACCAGAACAUCUCGCAGAUACUUACAAUCAAGACUCACUCCUGAUAUGGAACGAAAACUUGUGUUUCUAACAUCCCAAGUUAGAUUUGGUCACCAUAAAAAAUAUCAAGAGUGGUUUCAAAGACAAUACCUAGCCACUCCUGAAUCACAAUCGUUAAGAAGUGACAUGAUCCGUUUUAUAGUUGGUGUAAUACAUCCCACUAAUGAGCUCCUGUGUUCCGAUAUCAUUCCAAGGUGGGCAGUCAUUGGAUGGCUUCUUACCACUUGUACUUCUAAUGUAGCUGCAUCUAAUGCAAAACUUGCUCUGUUUUAUGACUGGUUAUUCUAUGACUCUGAAAAAGAUAACAUAAUGAACAUUGAACCAGCUAUUCUUGUCAUGCACCACUCAAUGAGAUCACACCCAGCCGUGACUGCCACAUUACUUGAUUUUCUUUGUCGAAUCAUUCCAAACUUUUAUCCUCCUUUUGCUGAUAAGGUUAGGCAUGGCAUUUUUAAUUCAUUACAACAGAUAAUUGAAAAGAGAGUACUUCCCAAUUUGCACCCAUUGUUUGACUCUCCAAAGUUAGACCGGGAAUUAAGAACAACGGUGAGGGAGACAUUCAAAGAGUUUUGCACCAAUGGAAAUGGUGAAGGUGUUUCAGGAAUUCGUGAAGAAGGAAACGAUGACUUACCACGAGGAGGUCCUGACGAACCGGCAUUCUCUGAUGAUGAAGAGGAAACUGCUCCAAACAUAGCUGAAGACACUGAUGACGAUGACUUGCCUCUAUCUGAAGUCCGCGCACGGGAAAGACCUGAAUUGGCAGCAGCACUACCUCUCAUGUUACGUCCUCUUGCUGAAACGUUGUUAGAUGAUCGUUCUUCCGCUGCGGCUACCGCUCUGAUCAACGCCUGCACUACACCAAUGCCUACAGCAACCGCACUAGCUGAUCUAUUCACAGCAGCAGUACAAGAAGUGCCGCCCCUAAAAAUUAGUCGGAAUCCAACACCAGCGGAAAUAGAAGUAGCUCUGAAUUCACCGAUAUUUGCAAUGUUCACUUUCCUUACAAGCAGUGACGAAGCCAAACGCAAACUUGUAUUAGAAACUUUCAAAGAAAUUCAAGCUCAAAAUACUCUCCACACUGUUGGAUUCUGUCUGUUGUUUUAUCUAAAAUCUUGUUAUGAGCGCGAAAGGCGCGGAGAACGAGACGCCGCAAAACGUAGAAAUGUUAAAUUCAAAGCAGAAGUGUACAGAGAUUAUUGUAGCUAUUUAGAAAUUAAAGUUGGUGAGAGUUUAGCGGAUGAUUUUGAAAAAUGUCAAGAAUAUGAUGCUAACGUUUUAGUGUGGUUAAUCCCAGAUGUGUAUAGAGAAUUUAAGGAUCAAGCUCAAAACCACAUAAGAUUGUUACACGCCAUUGUGGCAACUUUAGACGCGACUCAACUACAGCGGCUCGUGUGUUUGACUCUACAGGGCACUUUGAUGAUGUUCAAGUCAGAUGACAUCACGACAAUGCUAUCGACGAGCUUAGGCUGGGAGACAUUCGAACAAUACUGUCUUUGGCAACUGCUGACGGCACACGACAUAUCAGUUGAAGAUGUGUUACCAAUCAUACCGAAACUGUCGUACAAAGAACACGCAGAAGCUUUAACAUCCGUUCUUUUGAUGUUAAAACAAGAGAAACCAACUGCCGAUGUAGUGCGUCAGUUAUUCUGCCGACCAGUUGACGAAGAAGACACUUUCGUAGUGUCGACGCUUAUGUAUUGGUGUCAAGAUUACGAAGACAAAGUCGGCGAUUUACUUUCAGUUCUUUUAAGCACGAGAUAUCCAGGCACCAGUCCGAACAAAAGAAAACGUCCAGGAAAGCAUAGUAUACCACCAAACGCUCCGCCUUCGGCAGAAUUGGUGCUUGGCCACUUGGAGCAAAUGAGAGUCUGCUGUGUGGAACAAAACGACAUGUCAAUUUUUAAUAUGGAAUGUAUGCAGAAAGCGCUACAACUAGCGCAGUCGAAUAGUAGUGAUAGUUUAAGGAGACAAUAUAGUGAUUUACUCGCUUUGGCGUGGGAGGACGAGUUGCCUAUAUCAAGACGAGCCAGGAAAUUAGUUUCAAAUUCAUUACCACUUAACCAGAAUCUGCAUUCGUCUAAUGAAGAUAGUGAGGAAGAAGAGAUAGUUAAACCUAAACAGGCCAAACGGAGAAAGAAGGCAAUCUCGGAUAGUGAUUGACAUAUCUUUUGUAGAAAGAACGGUAAUUUUAAACACCAAAGUGCAACUCUACAAUACAAUAAAAAUUAGUAGUAUGUGUAAUACAUUGUUUGUUACCUUACGUUAUUACGCAGGUGCGAUUCCAAGAAUGGUACCUUUCACUGUCGCAUAAUUUGCCUUGGUACUGUGUAAAUGUUAUUUAUGAAGAGUUAUAUCCAUGGUUUUUGUCAGAUAUAUUUCGGUGGAGAUUUUUUUAUUUUGUUUAUUAAUUUCAUGUUCGUAGCGAUGGUACAUGUUGUGACGCAACGGAACAAGCUCGCUUACAUUGAUGUAAAUGAUCAAAUAACCAUAUGAUUCUUCCAAUAGCUUAAACAGAGAAAUCACCGAGUAUGUUCUGUGAGACAUGAGCUGUACAUUUUGUCACAGUAGUCAUUUAUUGUAAAUGUAGGUACCCUAUUGUUGUACAGAUUUUUUUAUCCCCGUACAUGUUGAACUUAUUUUAAGUAUAAGGUAUGAAGACCAAGAUUUUAUUCAAAGGAUAUAUUGUAUUCUGGAAUUUUCGAAAUACAUUUUACACUAGGAUCAAUAAAGUAUUUCCCCCUUA